UUCUGCAGGCGGACGAUCUCCUUGCGACGAUGCGCGUCGGGCUGAAAACGAGUUUGAGCAACUUUUUGAAACGGGUGCGAGAAGGGACCAACGUCGAAUUACCGGACCUUCCGCGUACCAGAUCGUAUCCACGGGCGUGCUCUUCGGACCCGCUGUACUCGACGUUGAUGAAGGGAAAAUCUGCAACCGCACGCAAAGUUUUAGGAAAAGAUCUCGGUUCUUCGAGCAAUGAUAACGGUUUACUUUCGAAGUGGCAGAAAGUGGAUGGUAACUUGGCACAGAAUCGCCGGGAAGAAAAGGCGAAACAAGAGCCGUUUGCUCGCGUCGCAAAUAGAUCGCAAACUAAGCAUGAUUCACACGAGCUCGGUAAAAUGAGCGAACUGCCAUUACCCCAGAAUAAUUUGGAUCACAUUACAGAGAAGAAAACGAUCGCAACGCAACGCAGAGAAACUGGCGCGAAGAAACCUUAUUAUGGGUGAGCAUUGUGAUUGUUUGUAGCAGAACUAUUUU